CAAGCAAGUCAUAAAGAUCCACAAGUAUGAUCUUUCGGAAGGAGCCAUUUUUCCAUGGACAUGACAAUUAUGAUCAGUUGGUGAGGAUAGCCAAGGUUCUGGGGACAGAAGAUUUAUAUGACUAUAUUGACAAAUACAACAUUAAAUUAGAUCCACGUUUCAAUGAUAUCUUGGGCAGACACUCUCGAAAGCGAUGGGAACGCUUUGUCCACAGUGAAAAUCAGCACCUUGUCAGCCCUGAGGCCUUGGAUUUCCUGGACAAACUGCUGCGAUAUGACCACCAGUCACGGCUUACUGCAAGAGAGGCCAUGGAGCACCCCUAUUUCUACACUGUUGUGAAGGACCAGGCUCAAAUGGGUUCAUCUAGCAUGCCAGGGGGCAGUACGCCCGUCAGCAGCGCCAAUAUGAGGUCAGGGAUUUCUUCAGUGCCAACCCCUUCACCCCUUGGACCUCUGGCAGGCUCACCAGUGAUUGCUGCUGCCAACCCCCUUGGGAUGCCUGUUCCAGCUGCCGCUGGCGCUCAGCAGUAACGGCCCUAUCUGUCUCCUGAUGCCUGAGCAGAGGUGGGGGAGUCCACCCUCUCCUUGACGCAGCUUGCGCCUGGCGGGGAGGGGUGAAACACUUCAGAAGC